AUGGCUGAUGAUAGCAACGCAGAGAAGCGAAGUCCCAAGGUUCGACGGAUGGAAGGAAUCGCCCUUGAAGAGAGGCGAGCAGCUCGAACCGAGAUCCAAUAUCUGGCCAAUGGGUAUGGUGAUAUAUUUGUUGAUGAUGCUGACGGAUGUGUAUAA